CCUCAAUGGCAGAAGUUUUUCAAGAAAAUACUUCCCAACUUUCCCUUUUGAAAGAAUUCGUUUAAGACGUGAAAUGGAAGGGAUUUUGUUCAUCACCUUGUCUUCUCGCUUUCACAUUUCGGUUGAUUCAGUGACAAAAUCAAAACUUGUUGAAUAAAGGGUACAAAAAUGUGGAAUUGGAAAGAUAGCUGAACAAUCCAAAACCCGUUCUCAAAAAUGGUUAUCCCCUGUUUUUUCCCAACUAAUUCCACUCGAACCAGGCAUGCAGUCACUGGGAUUUAUUUGUUUUUCAGAAUCCAAUUCUCAAAUUGGACCAUCAAACCAAUGUUGACCAGAACACAACAAUUCCAUUCGCAAGCAUCCCUUGAAUUCCAGAACAAUAGAGGAUUUUGUUUCCAAGACUGCGUCUUCCUCUUUCAGCAGCUGAGGGACCACAAAGACGUAAAAUGUGGCAGAAUCCUUCACUCUCUGUUAGUUAAAAGUGCCCUCUUCAUGGAUGUCUUUAUACAAAACAACAUGAUUAGAUUUUACGGAGAUAUUGGAGAAGUUCAGAAUGCACGUAAGUUGUUUGAUGAAAUUCCUCAGCCGAGUUUGGUUUCUUGGACAAGCUUGGUCUCUUGUUAUGUUCACGCGGGGCAACAUGAAAUGGGUCUGAGUUUGUUUCGUGGCUUGUGCCGAUCUGGGGUGCGCCCCAAUGAAUUUGGUUUCUCUGUGGCACUCAAGGCUUGCAAGGAGACGUGUGAUGCUGUGAUGGGGAAGCUCAUUCAUGGGUUGGUAAUCAAAAGUGGCUUUGAUUCGCAUAGAUUUUGCAGUGCUUUGAUUCUUCACAUGUAUGGUGAUUGUGGGGAUAUUAAGAACUCGAGGAAGGUUUUUGAUGGGGUUUGUUAUGGUGAAAGGUGUGAGGCAUUGUGGAAUACUUUGCUGAAUGCUUAUGUGAAGGUGUCUGAUUUGGAGGGUUCUCUAAAGUUGUUUCAUGAGAUGGGGCACUCUUCUGUGUCGCGGAACCACUUUACUUACACAAUCAUUGUUAAACUCUGUGCCGAUGUGUUGGACGUUGAACUUGGAAGGUCUCUUCAUGGCCAGAUUAUGAAGAUUGGGAUUGAAAACGAUGUUGUUGUGGGUGGGACUCUUAUUGACUGCUAUGUUAAACUGCAAUUAUUAGAUGAUGCUCGUAAAAUUUUUCAAGUUCUCGAUGAGAAGGAUAACGUGGCAGUAUGUGCUUUACUUGCUGGGUUUAAUCAAGUCGGAAAAUGUAAGGAAGGACUUGCAUUAUAUGUUGAUUUUCUUUCUGGAGGUAACAAACCAGACCCAUUUACUUGCGCAAGUGUUGUCAGUUUGUGCUCAAAUUUGGAGACACAGCUUUCUGGUAGUCAAAUUCACUGUGGUGUCAUCAAACUUGGCUUCAUGUUAGAUUCAUAUCUUGGCAGUGCAUUUAUCAACAUGUAUGGAAAUUUUGGGAUGGUGUCUGACGCUUAUAGAUGUUUUCUUGAAGUUUGCAAUAAAAAUGAAAUAUGUGUAAAUGCCAUGAUUAACACUUUAAUUUUCAACUCAUAUGAUUUGAAAGCAAUAGAGCUGUUUUGUGGGAUGAGGGAAGUUGGUAUUGCACAAAGCAGUUCUUCAAUCAGUUAUGUUCUGCGAGCUUGUGGGAACCUAUUUUUGCUUAAAGACGGACGGUCUUUUCAUUCUCUAGUGAUUAAAAUUCCUUUUGAAGAUGACUUUAGAUUGGGCUUAGAAAAUGCUCUUCUUGAGAUGUAUAUUAGAUGUAGAGCUAUUGGUGAUGCAAAAUUGGUUUUCAAAAACAUGCCGAUAAGAAAUGAGUUUUCUUGGACUACUAUCAUAUCUGGAUGUGGUGAAUCAGGGCACUUCGUAGAAGCCCUGGGAAUCUUCUGCGAUAUGCUUCUAUAUUCAAAACCUAGUCAGUUCACGUUAGUUAGUGUUAUUCAGACUUGCACAGAAAUGAAGGCAAUACAUGUAGGAAAACAAGUCCAAUCCUAUAUCACGAAAGUAGGAUUUGAAUAUCAUCCGUUUGUUGGAAGUGCCCUGAUUAAUAUGUAUGCAGUAUUUAAACAUGAAACUUUGAAUGCUUUACAGGUCUUCUUGUCAAUGAAGGAGAAAGAUCUUAUCUCUUGGAGUGUCAUGUUAACGGCAUGGGUUCAAAAUGGCUAUCAUGAAGAAGCACUUAAGCAUUUUGCAGAAUUCCAAACUGUUCCCAUUUUUCAGGUUGACGAGUCUAUCUUAUCCAGCUGUAUUUCAGCUGCUGCUGGCUUAGCAGCAUUGGACAUAGGCAAAUGUUUCCAUUCCUGGGUUAUCAAAGUUGGCCUCGAGGUUGAUCUUCAUGUGGCUUCUUCCAUUACUGACAUGUAUAGUAAAUGUGGAAACAUUAAGGAUGCCUGCAAGUUUUUCAAUACUAUCAGAGAGCAUAAUUUAGUAACCUGGACGGCUAUGAUAUAUGGUUAUGCUUAUCACGGGUGUGGUAGAGAAGCUAUUGACCUGUUUAAAAGAGCUAAAGAAGCUGGGUUGGAACCUGAUGGUGUCACUUUCACUGGGGUUUUAGCUGCUUGUAGUCACGCUGGACUAGUGGAGGAAGGUUGCGAAUAUUUUAGGUACAUGAGAAGUAAAUACAACAGUGAAUUAACUAUAAAUCAUUAUGCCUGCAUGGUUGAUCUUCUUGGUCGGGCAGCAAAAUUGGAAGAAGCAGAGGCUGUGAUAAAAGAAGCUCCAUUUCAGUCAAAAUCUCUUUUGUGGAAGACUUUCCUAGGUGCUUGCACUAAACAUGAGAAUGCUGAAAUAGCAGAAAGAAUAUCAAACAUCUUUGCUGAUCUAGAACUGAAUGAACCCUCAACAUAUGUUCUACUGUCUAACAUUUAUGCGUCAGCAUCAAUGUGGAAAAACUGCGUAGAGUUGAGAAACAAAAUGGUAGAAGAGAGUAUUACCAAGCAACCUGGUAGUAGUUGGAUUCAGUUGGCAGGUUAAAAUUCCUUGCAUCUCAAUAAACAUGGAAAAACAUAUUUAUCUUCUCUGGAAGCCCUACGUAAA